GCUCGGGCCGGGCCGCUGCCGCCGCCGCAUUUUGUGGCCAAAGCCAAUCAUUGUUUAACUACCUGAGAGUCUGUACCCAGCGUUACUCUUCUGAGCCUUCAGAGUAGCAGGCCGCGCUGCUGGGAGGGACCGCGCGUCCUGUGUAUACUCCCCGACUUCUUCCCCUUCUCUCCGCUACAUCUACGUUUGGGUGCCCCCUCGGACAGGGCCUGGGGUCUUUGAAAAGUCUUAGUUCUAAGAAUGGGCGUCCCCCAAAGAGGGCAGAUGUUCGAAAACUCGACAGUGGUCCGUGGCUGUGGAUGACUCCUUUUCCCGGCUGCCUGCUCCCUCUAGGGUAGAAGGGGCUGCAAUUUAAAGCCAGAGGACAUUAGUUCUAGUCCACAGGCAGCUGGGGGUUUUCAAAACAUCUGAACCCGCUUCCCUGCUUAAAAAACUGUAAAACCCGCCUCAAGUCUCCUGCAUUGUUAAGUAUUUCCCUGUGGGGGCUUCCGUAAUAUCCCUUGACAUUCCUAGGGUGCCAAGCACUGUUUUGUGCCCGACUUCUCCUCCAGACCGCCUGCAAGAUAUGCUUAGCACCAGGCUUAAUUCAGGUUUAUAGUAUUACCUAGAAAACCUUCGGCUGGAUUCUGGAGGUGAGAGCGGCUCAUGGGCCUUGCUGCUUCCUGAAGGCUCUUGAACAGUGCACAAUGGAAGCAACCUUGGAUUAGAAAAAGGGUGGCCUCUGCUUGGUUCUUUGGGUGUCAUUUUCGUUUGAUAAUCCUUAGCUGUAGUAGGAAGUCUUACCAAUACAGAUAGGUACCACAGCUAUGAUCAUCCAGGUCUAAAUAGCAAAGAAACACAGGCGCUUGAUCUUUACCCAAUAACAGCUACCACAUAGUGAACAUCUGUGAGUUGUUCUGCUUUGUGCCUUAUAAGAAAUAUCAUGCUUAGUCUUAUAAUAAUUUAUAAAUCGCUGGGUAUUUUCAGAUGGGGAAAUCGAAUCAUCUUAGUUUAAGUUGCCUGGUAAACAAAGACUGGGUUUCAGUUCAAGUGUGUGUGUGACUUCAGGUACUUAACUAUCCUAUUAAAUCUGUAUUUACCCUCUAGAUCAGAACAAUUUGCUUCCCUCCUCACACCCUGUUUUGCGAGGGAGGGGGGCGAGGCAAGGGUCCUCAUUGGAGUGUUUUAAUGAGAACUGUUAGUAUGUCAUACAACCUUCCCAAAUAUAUUUUUUUACUAUAUCACUGCCCCCUCUCCCCAUAACUUUAUGCUCCUUGUUCCUGUGGUACCAGGUUUUUUACACUCAUUAGCUGUGCAUAGCAUUCUUUCUUAUACACACUCUUCUAGUGUGGCAGCUCAAAUGAUUUACUGCUUGAAUUUGAUCUAUGGUAUCUUUUAAAACAGGACCUCUAAAAUGGGGAGUCCCUAUGCGAAUAACUAAAUGAAUUGCUAACUUAGGGCAUGUGUGUGAAUAAGAAGUUAAAUGAAAAACAGCUUUGAAAAAAAGAAUCGAAGAGACAGGGAAGAGCAAUUAGAGAUCGGGCAGCAAUUAGACCUCUGCAGGUAAGGAGAUCACCUUCCUUCCCCCAAUUACGAUAACAGGCAGCAGCACCCGGCCCGAUCUGAAAUAAAUGAAGAAGCUCGGAUGAACCUGAACCAACUUGUUGUGGAGAAAGAGGGGGCGGUUGAAGAUGGAAGGUAAAGUAAGGACACAAACAAACUGCCCCGGGAUAUUGCGCUGCGCCUGGGCGCCGGGAGGGCGGAUGGAGCGUUUUGUGCGUGUUCCCUACAGCUUGUACCCGGGCUACGGGAACACGCUGCCUUUGGGUCACCCCGGACUCGCUGAGCACAAACAGCCCGACUGGAGGCAAAACAACGGUCCCCCCGCUUUUCUGGCCAGGCCGGGGCUGCUGGUGCCCUCCAAUGCCGCGGACUACUGCGUGGACCCUCGCAGGAGGGCCCAGCUCAAGGCCAUUCUCUCCCAGAUGAACCCCAACCUGAGCCUGAGGCUGUGCAAGGCCACCACCAAGGAGGUGGGCGUGCAGGUGAGCCCGCCGGUGGACAAGUCCGUGCAGUGCUCGCUGGGGCCUCGCACCUUGCACAGCCGCUCCCCCUGGAGCGGCCCAGGCCAGCAGGCGCCCGGGUCCGCUUGGGGGGUCUAUUCGUCGGUGAUGGACCGCAAGGGCGUGGGGCUGCUGCGGAAGGAUGGCGAACACGAGGAGAGGAAAGCACUUUCGGGUCUUGCGGAGCCUGGCCAGCAGCCGCCGCCGCCGCCGCCACCGCCACCACCAAGUUCAGAAGAGGACCGGCGGGAGGAGUUCCAGCAGCACGAUGCGUCGGGGGAGGAAGAUGCCUCGAGUCCGGAGGAACGCCAGGACAAGCAAGCUCAGGGCGGUGACGGUGCUCCGUUCCGGCCGAAACCCACCUUCCAGUUUUUAGAACCAAAAUACGGCUAUUUUCACUGUAAAGAUUGUAAGACCAGAUGGGAGAGUGCUUAUGUCUGGUGCAUUUCUGGAACUAACAAGGUUUAUUUCAAACAACUUUGUUGCAAAUGCCAAAAGAGUUUUAACCCUUAUCGAGUAGAGGCAAUCCAGUGCCAGACCUGUUCCAAAUCUCGCUGUUCCUGUCCUCAAAAGAAAAGACACAUCGAUCUCAGGAAGCCUCAUCGGCAGGAACUGUGUGGUCGCUGCAAAGACAAGAGGUUCUCCUGUGGCAAUAUUUACAACUUUAAAUACAUCGCACGACAGGGAGUACACUUGGUACAGGACACCUGAACUCUUCUUGUAACUGACUGUACAGUUGCUCUUUUGCGUCAUGGCUCUGACCUGGUGUUGGAAAAUGGAUUAGGCUUUUGUACUUUUUGUAGGUUGUAUGACAAUUAUCAUUGUGAAUAGAAUAAAAUAAAUGCAUGUGAAAUAGA